CACCCGGCGGUGGAACGGGGACCGCCGUCCCACCUGGCCCGGGGCAAAGGAGGUAGGUGGGGAGUCCGGCCAGGCACAACCCCUGGCUCCGCUCCGCGCCCGGGAAAAUACCCGACAGCUCCCGGUGAGGGAUAAAAGCUCCAGCAGACAAGGGGCCGCACACUGCUCCCGCAGCACCUCCACCGCCAGCACCGGCCAUGAGUCCGCACCUCCGCCUCCCCCUGCUCCUCCUCCUCCUCCUGGCCGCCGCCGCCGCUCGCUGCCGGGGGGCGCCGCUGGCCGGGGAGCUGCGUUGCCGCUGCGUGCGGGCCGUCUCCGACGUGAUCCCGCCGCGACGCCUGGCCCGCCUGGAGCUCGUCGCCGAGGGGCCACACUGCGCCGUGCCCGAGGUCAUAGCCACGACGAAGCAGGGACAGACGGUCUGCCUGAGCCCCUCCGCACCCUGGGUCAAGCUUCUCCUCGCCAAGCUCCUCAGCAGCUCAAUGCAGAAGAACUGAAGGGGGAAGGACGUCGCUGGAGGUGGGAUGGCACGGAGCCUGAGGCUUCAGGAGCUUCCUUAUGUUGAAACACAAUGUGUUUGAGUUCCAACUGUUUAUUUGGAUCUUUAUUUAAUGUAAUUAUAUCUGUCUAUUUAAAUAUUGCAAGUACUGUGUAAGAUGUAUCUUUAAUUUGGACAUUGUCUGAAAAGCACAACUUUAAAUGCUGUACUAAUUUACUUUCCUUAAAGUCAUGCUUUUUGGGAGGCUGUGCAGAAGAAAAGAUACAGAAAAUAUCCUGAAUUCUUUCACAGGAAAAAAAUUGCCUGGUCAUCAGCAAACCACUGAUGAGGCUUCAACAUCAGCAUGAAGUGCGUUUCCAUGCUACACGCCUUUGUAAGGCCUUGUGUAACUCACAGAAACAUUUACUUUACACAGCAGCCCUGAGCAGAGAAGCGAACUGCCGCCUCCCAAGCCAUGUCUUUAUUUUGUUUUGUACCACCUGGGAAACAGCUCAGCCUGCUGUGCCAGAGCCAAAGGUAGCUCUGCAAUGCCAGGUCAGCAGCAACUUUCAGUUCCCUUCUUGUGCCAGAAGACCCUGUUCAGCCAGCACUGCUUACCUAGUGCAUUUGCAUUUUGAGGGAGCUGAUGGAUUUUGCUCUUUGCAACCUUAGACAUGUGAUGUCUUUCUUUGUAUGGCAUAAUGUCAUAAUUUAUAUGAAGUUUUAAGUGAACAUGCUGCUAGUUACUCCUUUUAGAAUUGUGUAGAUGCAGUUUCCUGUGCUCUUCAUAUUUCUGUCCAGCAGAAAAAUAAAAAGGGGGAUCUAAACCACUUUGAAAUACCAGCCUUUAUAUGUCAUCAUGGUGAGACCAUGUGAUUUCUAUUAAUCUUCUCAUUUUCCAAAAUAUUGAAGAAACUCUCAUAAUUACAUAUGUACAAUUACUGUGGAGAGGUAUCAUGAAACAUCCAGGAUAACUGUCACAUGUUCCUGUAACUCAAACAGAAGAUUUGUCCUCAUGUUUUUAUUCCUAUACAUGUUUCCUGGUUAAGAAAUUUUCCCUUCUAACUUACGGAGUGUUGCUUUUAAAAAAAAUAAAUAUUUAUAUAUGCU